AUGGGCCUGAUCAGUCGCACUCUCAAGGUCACGGCCGCCGGCACCGUCGCCUCGAUCGGUGUCUUCUUCGGCGCGACGCGCAAUGACGUCUUCCAGCCCAUGGACACCACCGAUCCCAUCUUCCAGUCGCCGUUUUUCAAGAAGUUCAAUCCCAACAACAAUCCCACCCUCCACGAUGUGUGCGUCCGUCGCAUCGAACUUUCCAAGAUCGAGCCCUCCCUGCUAGAGAAGAAGGGCAAGCUCGUCGAGGCCUUUUGUGCGGGUGUCUGGGGUGGCAUGGGCUACAUGGCCCAGCGCGCCUACCUCGCCCGCAAAUACCAAGGCCCCGAGACCGCCAACAACCUCUGGGAACGCAAGGACCUCCUCAAAAACAGCUACGAGGUCGGCACCCUGAUCACCGACCACUUCGAAGUCCUUGAAAAGACCGAUGAGACCAUCAUCGUUCGCUGCGGAGACACCCCCGACACCGCGAUGUGCGAGGAGGGCGUGGCCGAGUUCAAGCUCAAGAGCUGCUUCUACCAGGGCGAGGGCAAGGCUGAGGUUUCCCCCAUGGGGCCUGUCUUGACCUGGCUUCACCAGCAGUACACUAAGCUGUGGCUGGAGACUGCCAUCUUGAAGAACUGCGUGAAAUAG